GUUAUUUGAGCCACUUUGAAUGGCAGGAGAAUUGAUUAGACUUACGUGUUUAUCGAUUGAUUAUGACGAUUGCCAGUAACGUUUCUACAGGGUUUAUACUAAUCAUUUAAUUUUCAUUUGAUUCAGAUCCCUGUCUAUACAUUUUACGAUUCGCUUCAAAGUUGGAAUUCGGAGCCAAAACUCAACAAGUUACGAAUACUGCAUUGCGAUUGGUUCAACGGAUGAAAAGAGAUAGCAUACAUUCUGGAAGGAGACCGUCAGGAUUGUGUGGAGCAGCUUUGCUAAUAGCCGCUCGCCUCCACGAAUUUAACCGUUCGAUACCAGAUAUAGUUAAAGUUGUAAAGAUUCACGAAUCUACAAUGAGAAAAAGACUGACCGAGUUUGGUGAUACACCAAGUAGCUCGUUGACUUUAGAAGAAUUCAUGACGGUCGAUCUUGAAGAAGAGCAAGAUCCGCCAUCAUUCAAAGCUGCAAGGAAAAAAGACAAGGAACGUCUGAUGAAGGUAAUGGAAGAAGAAAGCGACCAAUUCAACGAUCUGCAAAAAACAAUCGAAGUGCAAUUGGAGCAAAUUAAAACCAAGUCCAAUAAAUUGCCUGUUUUUAGGAAUGAAAAGAAUCUAGAACAAUCUGACGCCGAAAAGUUUAUACACGAAUCAACGAUGAGCGUGAUUCAGGAGAUUAUAGAGGAAAACGAAGAUGCUCCAAACUGUAGUUUUCCUGUAGAACUUGGUCCCAAUAUCGAGAGUAUAGGACUUCCAAAUUCAUUAGAAGAUACUUGUAAUGCACUGCCACGACGAGAAAAUGAAAUUGAGCUGAAUUUAGACUUUGAUGAUAUUGAUGAUGAAGAACUGGACACGUAUAUUUUAACUGAAGCAGAGUCCGAAACCAAACACACACUGUGGACUGAAAUUAAUGCGGAUUAUUUACAGAAACAAAAAGACAAGGAGGAGCAAUUGAAAAAAGAGACCGAAGAAGGAAAACCCGAGAAGAAACCGCGGAAACGACCAACAAAAAGAACUCGAAUAGGACCGGCAAAUUCUGCAGGGGAAGCUAUUGAAAGGAUUAUUCACGAGAAGAAAAUUUCAUCGAAAAUUAACUAUGAUGUUCUUAAGAACUUGAACAUAUCUCCGUCAGAUGACACUCCAACUCCAAAUGAAGAGUCCGCGACUGGUUUAGACUCUGCUAAAAGGCUUAAGUACUCAUCAGACAUUAUUCACGAACAAACACCCAAAAGAGCACCCAGAGGAAAACAGCUUAAAGACGUGGGUCUUCCAUUCAUCGAAAGCAGUACGUCACCACCAGCUGAAAAAGAUGUUAAGAGGGACUUAAAAUCGAAACAUAAAGAAUCAGAUGCUCAAGUUGUGGAAGAAGAGGAUACAACUGAUUUCUAUGACGAUCAAGAGGAAAAACCUGAUGAAUCCGCAAAUCAAUUGGGAGUUUUACAUAUGUUAAAACAAUAUCAUGAAGAAGAAAAUGAUGGAGACGAUUACCAAUAUGAUGAUUAUGGGUACGAAGGCGACUAUUAAUAAUAAUUAAUUGACAAUAAAGGGAAAUUGCUUAGAAUAACUAUGGUAAGUAACUUUCGUAAAAUACUUUUAGCGAGUAUAUGAUAAUUUGCGAAUAUGGAGAAAGGAAGAGAACGAAAACUUUUUGUAUUUUGUAAUUAGUUGUUUACUUGAAUUGAGGAGACAACAUUGAAUUUAAAAGAAAUUAUUAUUUUGGUCGUAAAAAAUAAUGUUGUAUUCAAAUUGCUUUUGGCCGCUUUAACAUCAGCUGUUUGAUUACUUCACUUCAUAAAAUGUUAAAUUAUUUUAAUUUGUUGCAAGGUUUUCUACUUACAGGUUCUUCAUUUAUACCAAUAUUAUCGUAAUUUUUACCUACUUAAUGUUAAAAGAGUUGAUUAAUAAUAGAUAAUCGGUCUAAUAAUGUUCUGGUCUUAAUAUAUUAGAUAUUUGCACUUGGUUAGAGAGAAUAAUUGAUCCAACCGCAAUACUUUUGCAACUGGAAUAUAUAGAUUUAUCACUUUUUACAAAUUCGUAAUCAUAAAUAUAACGGUUGUCUGCAGUUUAAAAAAUGCUUUUAAGACUUAAUGAGUACAAACAUAUUUAAUUAAUGAUAUUGUAAUAUUAAAUUAUUCAUUAAACAUUGAAAAUACAUGAUUGUACUUCCAGAUUUCCAAAGGAAUUUAGUAAAUUCAGUUUUAUUCUGUAAGUCCAUCAGUAUUUUGUGUACUGAAAUGUCUGGCUGUAAUGUAAAUAAACUUUUAUUAUGCAUAUUUAACUUAGAGGUAUGGACAUAUAGUUUUUGUUACAAAAUAUUCUUUUGCCACUUAUUUAAGAAUCUUGUUUUAAAAUAGUAAAGGCUGUAAAUUUGUUACUGUUCUAAACACCCGUUUAAGUUAUGUAUAUUGUACCUAUUAAUCUGUUAAUAUAUGACUGCUAUGCGAA